CGGGCAGGGCAGCGUGGAUUUUGUUCCCGUUUUCAGGUGGCGGACCUCCCGGGGAGGAAGCCUUUGUUUUGCGGGAGGGGGCCGAGCCCGGUUCUUUCUCUCCCGCCCCCCUUUGUGGGCCGAGCGCACUCCCCGCCCCCGAGCGCGCGCGUCCCCGCCCUCCUGCGCUGCCUGCCGCGGGGCCGGGACCGCGGGCCCGCCGAGCCCCGAGCCCUUUCCGGGCCGCCGAGCGCAGCGCCGGGCCGCCGAGGGAGCGCGGCGGCCGCCCGGGCUCGCGGGCUCCCGGGCUCGCGGGCUCGCGCCUGCUGGCUGCCGGGCCUGCAGGGACGCGCCGCGUUCUUGGGCAAGGUCGGGCGCCCGACUUCUUUCGGGACCUGGUCGUUCUCCCCUUUGUGUCCAGACGUAGCAGGGGCUCUUGCUGGGCCCUGCUGGCCCGAGCGUGCACGCCACAACAUCCCGUCCGCGUUUCCGUGUCGCAUCCCCUAAUGCUCAGGAAAUGCUUCCGGAUGUCCAACUAAGAUUUGAAUAAGCGGCCUGACCCCGUUGCUGGGUGUCCUCCGAGGCUGCCCCUGGCUGACAGCUGUGGGCGAUAGAGACGCCUCCUGUGCCCUGCCGUCUCUUCCAUCGCCUCCUCCUGCAGUCAGCGCAGCAAGCCUCGGAGGGGCACCUCCUCCGUAGGUUUGAGGAUGGACAGGACUUAACAUUCUGGCCUGUGAGGCGGGAGAUACAAAGGCUUCCAAAGAAGGACCAGUUCCUUGGAUGUGCCCCCUUACAGAGAGAUGAAGGGGCAGCAGAAAACAGCUGAAGCGGAAGAGGGGACAGUGCAGAUUCAGGAAGGAGCGGUGGCAACUGGGGAGGACCCCACCAGCGUGGCCAUUGCCAGCAUCCAGUCAGCUGCCACCUUCCCUGACCCCAACGUCAAGUACGUCUUCCGAACUGAGAAUGGGGGCCAGGUGAUGUACAGGGUGAUCCAGGUGUCUGAGGGGCAGCUGGAUGGCCAGACUGAGGGGACUGGCGCCAUCAGUGGCUAUCCUGCCACUCAGUCCAUGACCCAGGCGGUGAUCCAGGGUGCAUUCACCAGUGACGAUACGGUUGACGCCGAGGGGACAGCUGCCGAGACGCACUACACUUACUUCCCCAGCACUGCCGUGGGCGAUGGGGCCGCGGGUACCACCUCGGGGAGCGCGGCCGCGGUUGUCACGACGCAGGGCUCAGAGGCACUGCUGGGGCAGGCGACCCCUCCCGGCACCGGCCAAUUCUUUGUGAUGAUGUCGCCACAAGAAGUGUUGCAGGGAGGAAGCCAGCGCUCCAUUGCCCCAAGGACUCACCCUUAUUCCCCGAAGUCAGAAGCUCCGCGGACCACUCGGGAUGAGAAACGCAGGGCUCAGCAUAAUGAAGUCGAGCGCCGCCGCCGAGACAAGAUCAACAAUUGGAUUGUGCAGCUGUCCAAGAUCAUCCCAGACUGCUCCAUGGAGAGCACCAAGUCUGGCCAGAGUAAAGGUGGGAUUCUCUCCAAAGCCUGUGAUUAUAUCCAGGAGCUUCGACAGAGCAACCACCGGUUGUCUGAGGAGCUGCAAGGGCUUGACCAGCUACAGCUGGACAAUGAUGUGCUUCGACAGCAGAGCGGGCCUCAUCCUCUUCCCCUCACUAGUGGAUGCCUGAAGAAGGUCAGAAAAGUGCCAACUUUUCGACUUACUCUCCUCAUCGCCUCCUUUCCGCGUCAGGUGGAAGAUCUCAAAAACAAGAACCUGCUGCUUCGAGCUCAGUUGCGGCACCACGGAGUAGAGGUCGUCAUUAAGAAUGACAGCAACUAACUCUGGGGACUCCGGGGCUUUGGGCCCUACAGCCCCUUUCUGAGAACUACAGAUAGCCCAGGAGCAGCAGGCCAACCCCGUGCCCCUUUCCUUCACUGCCCACUUCUGCGUGGGACCAGGGGGAGUCAGAAGGCGUGGCUUUGAACUGAGGCCCUGUGAUCGAGCAGCCUGCAGUGGUGUGAAACACACGCGUGGGCGGGCGCGGACAGCCUUGCCCAGCCCCGCGCCAUGCAGCCCCUGGGCCCUUGUGCCCCUCUUGCGCAUGCAUGUGCUGUCUCCAUGCUGGAUACUGGACACACAGAACCGGGGGUGGGGGGAGCUUGCCCCGUGCUCGCUUAGAGUGCCAGCAGAGGGUCCGCUAACGAGUGAUGCUCUGGCCUGCCCCAGGACUCUGGCGCUCUCUUCCACUGGUUCUUCCUCACCCUGGAGCUCAGAUGUGCACCUGAGGACUCUGGGGAACAGGCUUUAGCAAGAAGUGGGGAAAAGGAUGCUUAGCAGCGGCCGCUGCCCCCGGGGAGAGGAGAUUGGCCGGCAAGCAUCUAAGGCCUAUGCAGAAGUCUCUGGAGCCGGGGAGAACAACAGACAGGGGCCCACUUGGGGCCUUCCCCUUGUGGGGACGGUUUUUCUUUUACUUUCUUUUCUUUUCUUUUUUUUUUUUUUUUAAAGAUAAAAUGUUCAGAGCCACA